CUCCCUUACCAAGCAGCUGCAGGCUAGACUUGACAACAUGAAAAGAGGGAAAACCUCACUUUACCUGAGAAGACAGACGUCCAGCACAAGUGACGGAGAAGACCCACCUUCCAAGAAAAGAAGAGUGGACACAUAUGGGUGCACAAAUUGGCAACCAAAACGGCUGCCACUGGGUGAAACUGAGGAGACUCAGAAAUGUGCACAAGAAGAAUUAAAGAACAUGCACAAAAACAAAAGCAAGAACACCAAAAGUAUUAAAGAAAAAAUGCUGGCUACUUUCUACACUCAGAGAUGCGACAUAAGUAGAAUGGAAAUCCCUGUUUUGGUAAAAGAGUGGCCAUAUCUGUUUGAGAUGUGCGGGAUAAUGGUCCACUUCAAAGAGCUAACAGAUAUGGAUGUUGACAAAGGAGCCAUCUCAAGUAAAUGUGAAAGAGUAAUUUCAUAUCUCAUGUCCCAUGACAAGAAGAACAGCAAAAUGGAGGGCAUCGGAGAAGGCAUUGAAAGUGCCAAAGCGAAGCAUCUAGAUCCUUAUCUUCCUGGAUGUGUGAUGCUGCUUCUGAAACAUUUCAGUGAAGAUCAGGCCAAGAUGUUCGUGAUGGUUGAUGAGACGUGUCUGCCAUCUGAAGUUGAUCAACUGCCCAGCACGCCUUGCGUCGUUGUGUGUGGGAGUUCUCCCCUCACAGCUGAAAACUUGAUGAUUGCUGUGGACCAGACCAUCGUGAAAGAUGGGGUUACAAAUUGUGGUGAUGCCCUUCUGAUGAUGUUCGUAUCCUACUACUGCCUCAACAUCAGUUAUCCACUGGAACUUGGAGCAACUCUGGAGUUCAUGCAGAGAUGCCUUUUCAGGAUAAAUCCAGAUAGGGGGACCAAAGUGGAGAAGCAGCAAUCUAAAAAACAGCAGUCCGUAAAUCCUAAGGUUCUUUCUUUGAUAACAAAAAUUGCAGACUUUGAAUGGCGAGAGUAGACAUCUCACAUGCCAGCUUCUUUCUGUUUCAUACAUUUCCAUUUAGUUCAUAUACUGUUCUGUAAUGUGUAAAGCGUUCAUUCUGCUUGUAUUUUGUGGCUCACUGUUAUCUUGAGUGAGUGCAGCGUUUUAACGUGUGUUUACACGUUUUAAAUUGUGUACAUUUCAAAGUAAAGAGUUAAAAAAAGCUCCCAGUAAAGACCGGUAAUUUUAACCAGUGGGGAGAACCAGUUUCAUAAAACGUGUG